CGGCCCCAGCCCCAGCCCCAGCGCCGGCCCCGGCCGCGGCCCCGGCCCGCCCCCCCGCUCCCCGCCGCUCCGCGCCCGCCCCGGGCCGCGCAUAAAAGGGGCCCCGCGGCCGCCUGCCCCCGCCCGCCCCGGCCAUGGCCAAGGACCAGCUGAAGCCGCGGCUGUGCCGCAUGCUGAAGGGGGAGAGCGGCUACGGCUUCCACCUGCACGGCGAGAAGGGCAAGAGCGGGCAGUUCAUCCGCAAAGUGGAGCCCGGCUCGCCGGCCGAGGCGGCGGGGCUGCGCGCCGGGGACCGCGUCGUCGAGGUGAACGGGCUCAACGUGGAGCAGGAGACGCACCACCAGGUUGUGCAGCGCAUCAAAGCUGUGGAGACGGAGACCCGCUUGCUUGUGGUAGACAAGGAGACGGACGAGUACCUGUGCAGCCUGCGCCUGACGUGCACAGAGGAGAUGGUGCACAGUGGGAUCCUGCUCAACUCUGGCAUCUCACCCACCAAGUCGGUGAGCAGCGACAAUGGGGAGGUCUGGAAGCCGCAGCUGAAUCUAAGUGGGAGCAGCAUCCAGAGGCACUCGCACAGCUUCUCCUCGCACGGCAGCAGGAAGGAUUUAAACGGACAGAAGGAGCUGUGCCCACGUCUCUGCCACCUGAAGAAAGGCCCCAAUGGCUAUGGCUUCAACCUGCACAGCGAGAAGUCCCGGCCGGGGCAGUUCAUCCGCUCGGUCGACCCUGACUCGCCGGCCUCCAGGUCGGGGCUGCGGCCCCAGGACCGGCUGGUGGAGGUGAAUGGCAUAAAUGUGGAAGGCUUGCGGCACUCGGAGGUGGUGUCCCACAUUAAGUCCAGGGAGAACGAAGCCAGGCUGCUGGUGGUGGACCCCGAAACGGAUGAUUACUUUAAGAAGCUGGGGGUGACCCCCACAGAGGAGCACACCAAAGGUGUGGUGCCUCAGCCCAUGACAAACGGAUCCGCACAGACUCAGCUGAAUGGAGGAUCCACGUCUUCAUCUCACAGCGACCUUCAGAGUCCUGGGAAGGAAUCAGAGGAUGGAGAUGCAGAGAAGAAGGACCCGUUUGAGGAGAGCGGUCUGACCCUGAGCCCCACGGCUGCCGAGGCCAAGGAGAAGGUGCGGGCCAAGCGGGUGAAGAAGAGAGCUCCGCAGAUGGACUGGAACAAGAAGCGAGAGAUUUUCAGCAAUUUCUGAACCUUGCCUGGUGGCUGCCGUCCGCCGCUCUCCUGCCCCUGCCUCAGCUCGGACGUUUCUGAGGUGCCUACGCCCUGUCCUUCAGUGUCCACGUGAGAUGCUUUGUGCUCUGCUCUUCACUGGUUGCUUUUACAAGGCGUAUUUUAAAGUCCUUUUUUUUUUAUUUUUUAUUAUUAUUAUUGUUAUUAUUAUUGUUACUCACCAGCGAUUCUCAUAAGACAAAUGUGACCAAAGCUCCUUUUCUUGCUUGCUCUGGCUGCCUGCCAUCCCCCCGUUCCUAUGAGAAAGGACUGGAAGAGUUUUAACUGUUGUUUCUUACCUGUAUCAUUUAGGCUUCUAUUACUUUUUUUUUUUCUCCUUUUUUAUUUGGGGUGUUUGUUUUGGUUUUGUGGGUGUCCCAGACUGAGCCCCAUGGGAUGCUCUGUGCCCCUGUCUCAUGGCCCCGUGCCCCGCAGUGGUGGGGGCCCGCAGGGUGGGCUGUACCUGGCACGCCCUCCCCAUCACCCCGUCUGCAGCAUCAACUACUCACACGACGGGGAAAAUGGACAGUGGCUGUAAAUCGCUCUUGUUGGCUUUGCUAUUGGAUGGAAAAGUUUGUUUUGUCAUUUUUAUUUUAUUUUUUUUAACAAAGUCCCAUAUGUUUUUAGUUAGUUUAGGAACGUCCCUCCCCACCAGUGACUUCUGCCCCAGCAAUAAAAGCCCCUUUUUCAUCCCCAACAUCUCUGCAGAGGGGAGAGGGCAGGAUUUAAAAACAAACCCCAAACCCAACAGCCCAAAUGCCACAGGCCUGACCCUUUGCAGCUGUCGAUGCAGUGCUGAGCAGCAGGGGAAGACAGGGAAGGGGCCAGUCCUGCCCCGUGGUGCAAGGGGCAGUGCUGCCGGCGCAGCUCCGGCAGCCUUGCAGGAAGACAAGAUCCAUGAGAUGCUACAUAACCUCUUUGGACAGACCCGAGAGUGAGCACAACCCAGCAUGUUUCCAGGGAAGAACGUGGGGAUGCGGCUGUAGCUGUGGGCUUGGCGCUGGGGCAGUGGGGCUGAGCGGUGGCUGUGCCUGGGUGCUGGGUCUGCGUCCCGCCUGGGUUGUUAUUUCUGGGCUGGUGUUUGAUGCCUCCAGCCCUUGGGAAUAACCGAGUCCGUCUUGUCAUCGGGAGGGCGUCCUCUGAAGCCACAGGGUCCCUGCGGGGCUGGCUAUGAAGCAGGCAGCGGCGUGAUGGCAUGGGCAGUCGCUUGGGCUUUCUGUGGCCUCCUUUAGAAACACCCUGCUCAUGGCGUUAGACCUCAAACACGUAUCCUGAAAGCAUUACAAAUUAAGCCCAUUUAAGCUCUUAUUUACAGCCAAGGGCAAGUAAUGGAGGGAAGGUGACUAUGCUGAACUACAUCACACUCUCACAGGUGGCAGAGGAGUUUUACCAGGGCAGGGUCCCGGCUGUGAUGGGGCUGGCCCCCUCCCUCCCAUGCUCCGGCAGCUCCCCGAGCCCAGCUGUGGCAGCUGCCCAGUAUUCAGCUCAAAUGCCACGGCAGCAGUGGGAAGGGACUGGGCACAGCAAGACAGUCGAGUACAAAACCACUUUCCUCAGCUAAAAGUGAAUGGCAGCAAUCACUGGGACAGCGAUGACUAUUUUAAAACACAUGGCUGUGGUUUUUGCCCUGUGUUAGUCCAGCACCGUUUGUGCUACAAGCCUUUGGGUUAGUCAGUGCGCUAUGGAUAUUGUAAUGGCUCUGUGUGUAUUUCCUAAAUAUUGAACUAAAAGGUGCCUUAUAACACUGCCGUCCUCGGCAGCAGCUUGAGGCUCGGCACAGCGGCGGGUGGGUGCGACCGCAGCAGCAGAGCCAGAACAUUUGGCUUCACUGUGUGGAGCAGCUGAUGCCCGUGGCCAUUAGCUGGCUGGGAGGAGAGCAUGGAGAGCCUCAGGGGUGAAGGAGAUGAGUUCUCUUUUGUGAAAGAUAUCUUUUUAGGAAUGUUGAUGGGCUGAACAGGUUGAAAAUAAUGACUUUGGAGAGGAACUGGUGCAGGUGUUUGGCUAUCGGUGACAAGACUGGCAGCAGGACAGUAGCUCAGGAUGUGGAGAGGUUUGCUUCCCCUCCAGGACUGCCAUUAACAAGACACCUCUUCCCUACCCCACUUCAAAGACAAUUACCUGCUCUCUUUUUGGCCCCUAAAAUACUUGCUUCUAUAAAUCAGUAAGCUUUUGAAGGAGCCCUUCUUUUUCAUGGUAUGCACAUUGCUUCCCGUGCCUGCAUAGCCAAACCUCAGGCAGUGCCCCAGUCUGCGCAGGGCAGAGCGUUCCCCGUAACACUGACCUAAAUGUUGCAUUCUCUGAUGCAUGUCAGAGAGCAAAGACCUGUUUGUAAAUACCACAUUUCUCAUACAAGACUGGGCCGCUGUAGUUGAGGGGGAAAAAAAAGAGCAUGUAGUUUUGAAUGCAGAUAAAAAGAAAUCAGGUGUGCAAGUCUGUACUGAUAAGAUUUUAAAAUCUUAAUCUCUGCUUAGUCCAUGGAAACUGCUCCUGGUUAAAGCACUUACUGUAUUUCUGACAUCUUGUAGCUCAGUAGUAAUUACUCAGUUCCUGUACAUUUAACUUGGAAAAAAAAUCAAUGAAGUAUAAGGCUGUCAACUGCAUUGCAAAAACAUAAUGUACACUGUAAUGUCAGUAAUAAACUUCGUUUUCCCAUGUA